UCCUGCCAAAAGAGGAAAACAGCCACGGGACAACAACUGCAAAGGGCGGAAAGGGACGCCCAGGACCCAGAGGGUUGGGGGGGACGACAGAAAAUGAUAGAGGAUAUCGGAAGGGAGGAUAGUCGGAGCGCGUCUGCUGCAGCCGGAGAGAGAACUGAGCAGCAGCUUGCCUGGCAUGCAGGGGUUGCAAUAUCCUGCUGUUGCCCGUAGCCUGAGCCUGUAUCCUGUUGCCCUCCCGCUUCAGCUGCCGCAACUCAAACAGCUGCAACAAUUUUUUCCCCUCUGUUGUGUUUUAUUUUAUUUUUUUUUUUUUAAUUUCCUUGGCCCGGCACAUCCCCUAAUGCCACUAUCUCUCUGGUUCCUGCCGCAUUUGUUUUGGGGUUGGAGUUGGAGUUGCCAUCGCCAGUUGCCAGUUUCCAGUUGCCGGGGUGCAUUCACAGUUUCAGUCGUGGCGAUCGCCAGGUGAACGAAGGUUGUGUCGCGCAGAGCUGAAAAUCAGAAGUCGGAAUUACUGAGGAGCCAUGUCGGGGAAACUGAUCAUGAAACGCAAACGAGCUAGCCAGGAGGAGCAGCAGCAACAGGGACAGGAGGUCCAGCCGCAGCAACAGCAACAUAGGCAACCGGAGGAUAAUGCCCCAGCUCCUGAGAAACGUCAUCGUCCUCUAACGCCACCGGCUGAGGAGGAAACGGCCGGAUAUCAAACUCCUCCGGAUGCCCCCAACAGUAUCCUGCUGGAAGCCCUGCAAAAGAUCAUGGAGCUGCAGUCCGAAUUGGAUGCCUUCGAGCAGGAUCUGGAUGGUAGAGAUGACUACGAAGCAGCCGGACAGGACGAGGAUGAGGAGGAGAGUCCCGAGGAUGCGGAAGUGGCUGCCCAAUUUGCUCAGCCCACUCCUGCCCAGCGCAGUCAGGCGGAGGCCUUGGGCUUCGCCAUGUGCGCCAGGGAAACCCUGCUCUUCCUGCAAAGCGAGGGCAUACCCACCGAGUCUCCACUGUACCAGACCCUGCUCGGGAAGCUGGUGAGCCAGAGCGAUGGCUUGCUGCAGGCCUAAGCCGGAGUGGAGGCCACGGGCUGGUCCUGAUGAUUCUAGUCACCCUUUGCUGCGAUCUCAUUGCAAGUAAAACGAGAGAGAGACCUAAACAGAGACCAGGGGUUGAUCAGAUUUCACCCCCUAGUGGGGUGGAAACUGUUCAUCCCGGGGAUCUUCGUAAUCCUAAGCUGUUUAUUCUAGUCAAUUAUUGUGAAGCAAUAUAAAAAUUAUAAGAAUAAAAGGUAUAAGAAUAAAAUUACAAAUCAAAUAAA